UGUUCCACAUGCAAGCAAGGGCUAGGGAGCGGAUGAGGUUGGAAGCGAUGGACUAAGCGACUGACUGGCUGUCGAUUUCGAUCCAUCCCCCGCUGAUGGCCGCAAAGCUGAAGUGGCAACUGCCAUCGCCGUGGCCCCACCGACCACCGCUCGUCCCUGGCCCCUAGAGCAGAGCGCGUCGAACAUCGAUUUAGAGGCCAAACAUGCGGUACAUCUCCGCUCUCCUCCUUGGGAUCUCACACGCAGUAGCAUAUAAAUCAGCGACAAAUCCAAUUACCAUCUCGACCGCAGCUGCGAAUUCAAAGGCAGUCCCACCUGACUGGGCCAGAAUUCAGUGCACAGAUGGAGGCAUCCUCCCCACGCCGACUUACGGGGACAGCGGAUCCAUUUUCACCGCCUGCGCCCAGCUCGUCAUCGACGCACCAGUCGAGCAGGUGUACAAUGCGAUCAUCGACUUCGGGUCCUAUCCCAAAUGGAACAGCUUUGUUCCCUUGGUCAAGCCUCGCGACGGCGCUGUGCUUUCCGAUGUCCGCGCCGGCCUGCCCAUGACCUUCCACAGCGCCGGUCUGGCCCCGUUUGGCCUUAACACCACAACGGAUGAGCGCGUGACCGUAUUAGACCUCCCGUCCUAUCCUCGCCCUGCCUCUGCGCUGGUCGUGUGGCGAUUCGACCCGGCUCUCGGAGCCACCUUGAUCCAGGCGGAGCAUCCCAACAUUCUCACACAUUUGCACAACGGCUCGACGCGUUAUAUCAGUUACGAGACUUACUACUCGCUCGGUUCGGUAGCCGUGCAACUCUUGGAAGAGGCGAAACUCAAGAAGCAGUUUGUCCAGCAGGGACACGACUUGAAAGCGUAUGUUGAAAGGAUGAGCGCUUGAGGGAUACUCAGCCUGUCAAAAGGACUUGCUUGAGCAAAACGGCGAGGAUGGUGAUCCACCCAUUGCUUGGGGACCGCAUGUGUAGCAUGUCUUUUACGGGUUGGUCAUAUACUCGCUACUGGCGGGCGUUGGCAUCGCCCGGCCAUCGUAAUGAAGCACAAUCAAGAGGAAACACGCCCUCUUCCUUGGAAGAUUCCAUGUGCAGGUUAGAG